CGCAUAAACGCAUGGUUGCCAGCACCAAACACACCGUCAGAAGCGAAAAUGCUGAAUCUUUUUAACUCUUGCAACUCAUAAAAACGUUUUGCACGAAUAUGAGCAAUUCGUCAUAGCUGAAAGCGGAUGUGCACCCAUGGGCUUUGUCGAUCGCGUCACAAAACCGUAUGUGCGCCGUUUUCCCACUUUCCCACACACCUCGCCUGCUUUCCCAUCGAUGUGCACCAAAUUUAUAUUUCUCAUCGCGUACCUGGCGUUAAUACUGAAAGAAUGUGAUUGCGGCAACUGGCGUCACGCGGAAAAUGUGUUGGAGCUGCUCCACAAGCUGGAGGGCCUGGUGGAAAAUCUGAAAGAACCAGAAAAGUCCGAAGACUCGUUGUCAGAGACGACAACCCUGAUUUCGACAACCCUGAAGGCCACUUCGACGACGACAAAGAAAGCGACGACUUUGGCGCCAGGAAUGGUGCAAAUCACAAUGAAAAAUUUCGUUCCUGAUGCAAAGAAAAAUUACUGCAAUGAAGCCGUCUGCACGUUGCCGGCUUGCUCGGAAAAGGACAUUACUCGAUAUGGACUCAUGAGGAAAGCAGUAAAGAUGCCGAAAAUCUACUCUGUCUGCGACGGUUUCAAAAUGCUCAUCUCCCUGCUUCGAUUACCAAUCAUUGCGGCGGGCGACAGUUGCUGCACUUACAAUUCCAGCGUCGCUUCCUUCACCACGGAUAAAUUCUUGAAUUGUUUCAAAGAACUACACCUGGCGGAAAAAAAAUCGAAAGCGGUGCAAGCGAACACGUUUUGGACGAGUGCGAAGUUCGCGCCGGAGUGCAACUCGUACGUUUGGUGCCCGGAAAAGGAAAUAAUCAAAGAAAGCGACCCCAUGUGGAGGGGCGGAUUUCCAAAACGCAGCUCGGGCGACUGCCUCGCCAUCCAGGUCAACAACGCUGACCCCAAGGAAAACGGACUGUACAACUUCAACUGCAGCGUUGCCCUCGGAUUCAUGUGCUACGGGCCUGCUGAGAUGAUCGGCGACUGACACGAUGCUCUUUUCAUUCAUUUAAAAAUUCAUCCGAUGGCAAUAAAAAUGUAGAUCAUAAAUCAAAAUUCCCAGUUU